AUGAAACCUUUGGUGAGUGCUGGUUUAGCCCAAGGCUGCACAGGCUUGUCGUUGAUUGGAAUUAUCUUUCUCUCUGUCCUUUCAUUUUUAUUUGCUCAUGAAGCUGAAGCUUUGAUGCAUGACUUGGCUGGUAGUGGCUUAACGGGAUCUCAAGUUGCUAAAACUUGCAUUGGCGCUGUGGUCAUCUAUACUGUUUUCUUUUUGUUUUGCGGGUCUCAAGUUUUGGUUGCUCGGUAUCAAAAUCGUGUUCAACUUUCAUAG